CGGAUGGUGCGUGUGCGGGGCCCGUGCCGAGUAGACGCCAACGCCGCUGGCCUGUAGCCGGGCCAGCUGAAGGCCGGAUUCUGAUGCCCCUUCCGGAAAAUACGCUUGUAGCUCUGAUGAUUUAACGGGCCCAAAGCUGGGAAGCACGUGAUUUUGAGGGCCUAGCACCCUGCCUGCCCAGUCCGGCCAAGCACCUGACCCCACGCCGCAGGAACAGCACGCCCGAGUUCAGACACCCCAGUGAUGCACCAUGCCCAUCGUGGACAAGCUGAAGGAAGCCCUCAAGCCUGGCCGCAGGGAUUCGGCUGAUGAUGGGGAGCUGGGGAAGCUUCUGGCCGCCUCUGCUAAGAAGGUCCUUCUGCAGAAGCUGGAGUUUGAGCCGGCCAGCAAGAGUUUCUCCUACCAGCUGGAGUCACUGAAGAGCAAAUAUGUGCUGCUGAACCCCAGGACAGAGGGAGCCGGGUGCCACCGGAGUGGAGAUGAGCCGCCGGCCCGGAAACAGGGUAGUGAGCACGCCUACGAGAGCUGCAGCGACGGGGUGCCCGCACCCCAGAAGGUGCUCUUCCCGGUGGAGCGGCUGUCCCUGCGCUGGGGGCGCGUGUACCGCGUGGGCGCCGGCCUGCACAACCUCGGCAACACCUGCUUCCUCAACUCCACCGUGCAGUGCUUGACCUACACGCCGCCCCUGGCCAACUACCUGCUGUCCAAGGAGCACACGCGGGGCUGUCACCAGGGCAGCUUCUGCAUGCUGUGCGUCAUGCAGAACCACAUCAUCCAGGCCUUCGCCAACAGCGGCAAUGCCAUCAAGCCCGUGUCCUUCAUCCGGGACCUGCGAAAGAUCGCCCGGCACUUCCGCUUUGGAAACCAGGAGGACGCACACGAGUUUCUGCGGUAUACCAUCGACGCCAUGCAGAAGGCCUGCCUGAGCGGCUGUGCCAAGUUGGAUCGUCAGACGCAGGCUACAACCCUGGUCCAUCAGAUUUUUGGAGGCUACCUCCGAUCUCGGGUGAAGUGCUCCAUGUGCAAGAGCGUCUCAGACACCUACGACCCCUACUUGGAUGUGGCGCUGGAAAUCCGGCAAGCUGCAAACAUCGUGCGUGCUCUGGAACUUUUUGUGAAACCAGAUGUCCUGAGCGGAGAGAAUGCCUAUAUGUGUGCAAAAUGCAAAAGGAAGGUUCCAGCCAGCAAGCGGUUCACCAUCCACCGGACAUCCAACGUCCUGACGCUCUCACUCAAGCGCUUUGCCAACUUCAGUGGAGGGAAGAUCACCAAGGAUGUGGGCUACCCAGAGUUCUUGAACAUCCGCCCGUACAUGUCCCAGAGCAGUGGUGAGCCUGUCAUGUACGGGCUGUACGCUGUCCUCGUCCACUCGGGCUACAGCUGCCACGCCGGGCACUAUUACUGCUACGUGAAGGCAAGCAACGGACAGUGGUACCAAAUGAAUGACUCCUCGGUCCACGCCAGCAACAUCAAGGUGGUUCUGAACCAGCAGGCCUACGUUCUCUUCUACCUGCGGAUUCCAGGCUCUAAGAAGAGUCCCGAGGGCUCCAUCUCCAGGAUGGCCUCCUCCCUUUCCAGCCGCCCCAGCGUGGUUCCGGAUCAUGUCCGGAAGAAUGUCAGCAACGGGACCACGGCCUCUCCAAUGACCGGAAAGAGACCAGACCCUGGGACAAUGAAGAAGCCGCAGACCUCUGAAGAACUUGGAGUGCCCAUUGCCAGGAACGGCUCUGUGUCGGGCCUGAAGUCUCCGAAUGGAUAUGCUCCUCCCAAGCCCACCCUGGGGUCCCCUUCCCCCAAAGUCUGCAAAACACCUACCCACGCGCCAGCCAUUCUGGAUGAGCCUGGAAAGAAAGUCAAGAAACCGGCCUCCCUACAGCACUUCUCCCCUCCGCCCAGCGCCAGCGCACCAGGAGGCAGCAGGAACGAGGGUCGCAGGCCAGGCUCCUGGGACGGUCGGGCCGCUGUCUCUACCUCACUCCGGGCCCCAGCUGCGGGGACCCCCAACGGGCUUGGGCCCCAGGCGGGCGACGAGGGCCCCACCCCUGAGAGGGGGGGCUCCAGCCCCGAGCACCCCACCAGCAGGCCCCCCCAGGCCCCCCGGAGCGGAGCCACCCGCCUCGGAGAUUCUCAGGGAACCCACUCCGCCACUGCCGGCCCCACCAAGGUGCUGCCGGCCCAACAGGACGCCGAGCCGGAGAAGGCCAAGUGCCCCGUCCUGAGCGGCGCCAGCCCCGAGCCGGCCAACGCCAUGUCUCCUCCUCCGGCCAAAAAGCUGGCCCUCUCUGCCAAGAAGGCCAGCACCCUGCGGAGGGCAACCGGCAAUGACCUCCAUCCACCUGCCCUCUCUCCAUCCUCCGACCUCACCUACCCCCGGAAACCCACUCACCCCGUCGUCGCCACCCCCUGGCCUGUCCAUGCGAUGCGGGCUGUCUCACCUGCUCCCAGACCCUCCAGCCAUCUGAAGCCCCUCGUCGGCCCCUGUCCCCCAUCACUGUCCAGCAGCCCCCAACCUCUCGGGACUUCAGACCCACAGAGCUGCUCGCCCGCCUCUGCACCCCUGCCUCAGGUCAAUGGGGCCUUCCGGGCCCCCCCAUACCAGCUGCCAGAGGCCAGCGAGCCCCCCCAGAGCCUUGGUAAAAAGAGGAAGAAGACGCGCGUGAAAGGGGGGGACUGUGUCUCGGAGACCUAUACGGCCUUGGCAGCCCCGCCCGGGAGGAGGAGGAAGAGGAAGAGGAAGCACACGGGGGACGUGGAUGCCACCCCCUCACAGGACGAGCGGACCCCGGGGCCGCCCUGGAGCUCUGGACGCAGGAAGGAGGGCCGGGCGGAGCCACCGGCAGACAGAUCGGAGGAAGAGGGCAGACACCAGCCAGAGAGUGGCCAGCGCCUGGAGAACAGCUGGCCCAUGAGAUGCGUGACCAAUGGCCCCCACGUGAGCAGCAGGAAGAGGAGGAGAAAGGGACCAGAGAGCUGUGACGGGGAAGACGGCCUACCCGGGGACCCACCUUGGCAUGGGAGCUGCGCACCCUCGGACAUUGUCCAGCCAGAGACCGUUGCAACAUCACCGAGGAAAAAGAAAAAGAAAAAAAAGAAGCAAGAGCCACGACAAGAAGUAGAAGAGAAGGAGCCCGAGGGCCAGAGGGGCCCCGCUGUCCCGGGGCGCAGGCCCCUGCCAGCUGUGAAUGGCCAGGCUCCCAGGGGCCCCACAGGGCUGGGACCGGCUCCACUUGCAUCCUGGGACAAAGAGAGAGAAUCCGAUGUGGUCCAAGAAUUGCUCAAAUAUUCAGCUGAUAAAGCUUAUGGGAGAAAAGUUUUGACGUGGGACGGCGAGGUGUCGGCCGUGAGUCAGGACGCCGUUCAGGACAGCAGGCUGGCCCGCACGGCCAGGGUCAUUGACGACUGGGACGAAGAGUUCGACCGAGGGAAGGAGAAGAAAUUGAAAAAAUUCAAGAGAGAGAAGAAAAGAAACUUCAACGCCUUCCAGAAACUUCAGAGUAGACGGAAUUUUUGGUCUGUGACUCAUCCAGCUAAGGCUUCCAGUCUGAGCUAUCGCCGCUGAAUGUGCUGCCGUCAAGGAACCACGUUCUCUGCCCUCACAGCCUCCAGAGACACGGCAUCCCUCCCCACGGAUGGUCUGUCUGGACUGAAGAGCCGCUUGCCGUGGACUCGCUGGCCUGUCGGUGGGGGGACGGCCCGCAGAGGCCCUGGGCUUCUGCCCCGGUGAACACGACGUGCACUGUGACAGGCCGCGUGGUGGCACGUGGAGCAGGGGAGGCACGGUGACUGGGAAGCGGGGCGGGGCCGGCGCCCCGGGGUGCUGGCCAGCAGCGUCCAGCCUGCCGCAGGGGAGGGCAGGGAGGUCGCGGCUCAGCCUUCCAGGGUGACCUCGAGCUCCGGAGGUGACAGCGUGCAGCUGGUUGCCCUUCUCCACAGACCGUGCGGCUCCCACUUCCUCCCACGGGGGCUCUGUAUGCCUUACCAGCCCACCCUCGGAAAGUCAGAGCCCCAGGCUGGCCCCACGCUGCAGCCUCUCGCUUCUUUUGGAGUUGGGUGGCAGGGGCGGAGGGCAGUGCAUCUCUCCAUCUCAAGAAACUCUAGACCCCCUCUGGAGAGCGGACAGCCGAGGUGGGGUGGGGUGGGGGCUCCGAGGUGGCUUUGCUGGACCUCCCCGCUCCUGCCCCCAGCCCUUGCAGCUGCAGUAACCCCGGGGUCCUUACCGAGGUGGUGUUCUUGGGGUAGAUUCCUCCUUUUAUUUUGCUACUACUAUAAAACGUUUAUUUUUGACCAGGCCUGUGGCUUCCAUUAGCAAUACGUCUCCUCUCCCUAAUAUGCAGAUACCGGCUUCGUUUGCUCAGUUUUGUGAGUGCUUUUAAAUUGAAGAUGAUUGUGUAACUGGAGAUGAUCACUAUCCCUUUUUUUAUCCCGCUCAAGCUGUGCCUGCGAACUUGUAAUUUAAUAAAUAUGGGAAAUCCUCAGUGAGCUGAUACUGUCCAGAAAAAAGACUAGUGUCCCAUUGUUAACAGGUACAGAAGUUAAGCCUGAAGAUUAUCCCUUAGCACAUGUCCUCUUGGGAUCACUUCCUCUCCUCUUGGGAUCACUUCCUGUGGGUGUGGCUCAAUGUCUGGCCUGGUCCUGCGCUCCAAGGGGUCUCGGCCUGAGCCCCAGUGCACUCGUCCAGCCCCUGCUUUCUUCCUCACUGAGCUUUGCCCUUCGUUCUGGGACCUGGGGGACCUAGGUGGUAUCAAAACAGCGUUAAACAUUUUUUAUACGGGGAGAUACAUUAAUUUUUUCAUGUGGGUUGUGGUUUUUGUUUUUCCUGGUUUUGUAUUUCUCUCUUAAAAGGUGGGGAGUAUAAUACCCCAUGGCCUGAGCUGGGGCUGCUCUGGCCCCAGCAGAUGGGAACCAAGCUCUGCCUGGACUGGCCAGGGAGCCUUUUUCUGGAGGCCUGACUCCUGCAUGUCAGCCACGCCUGCUCAGAACUAAGGGGCCCGCUCCAGUGCCCUGUGACUUUGUCAUUUGUCAUGUCAGGAGGGAAGGCAGGUGCCUCCAUGGGCAGGAUUUUCUUCUCCCCAUCUCAAGAUGUCAGCAUUCAUUCCUGUGUGAACUGUUUCCCUGACCAUAUUCUUGUCAUGUUUUGUUGGAAAAAGAAAAAUCUGUUGUCUGCUCGCACAAAAUUUAUCUCCUUUUGUUUCUCUCCCUCUUCUCCAAAUCAGUCUCUUCCUUUCUCCACUAUAUAAUUACAACGCCUUUUUCUGAGGAAAACAUAUCAUCCAUUUUCUCCCAGGCAGUGAUGAGCACUGGCCUGACUCCACAGCGAUUAUCACUGUUAGGUAGGCGAGUCCUCCCCUCUCAAGGAGAAGCAUCAGCCAAACAGAGGGUAAGGAGUGGCCCAGAAUGUGAGCCCAGAUCCUGGGUGCGUACACAUCAAGGAAAAGAACUGAAGCUUUUAGGGUGACACUUGUUGACUGAGAACGUGGGUUUAAUUUAACUUUAUGUUUGUGAAGGGGGCACCUCUCCUGGUAGUCCCGGUCCUCUCGCUCCCUGCCUCUCUGCUGGGGGCCCUGGUUACACCAAGGCCCUAUGUGUGUGAUGAGCCCGCAGCUCAUAGCCAGGAACCGAGAGGGCCACAGAUGUUACCAAGAUCUCAGUGCAAUAAAAUAACGA